AUGAAAGAACACUAUGAUGUUCACAACGUGAGUGGAAUUGACCGCUCUGAGAGAUCACUUCGGUCCCGGUUGUCGACAAUCAACUCGGAUUGUCAAAGGUGGGCGGCCUGUCAAAAGGCGGUUGACAAGUUGAACCCAAGUGGCACAAACGAGGACGAUAGAUACCACAUUGCACAAAACUUGUUCAAAGAAGAGGAGAGGAAAACCAAGAAGGGGAAGAUCAGGAAAGGAAGGGUCUUUACCUUGCCUCAUUGCUAUAACGUGUUGAAGGAUGAUGAUAAAUGGAAGAAGCGUGAAGAUUUGGACGAUUUGCAUUUGAGCAACAAACGCAAGCGAACAAUUGAGUUGAAUGAUGAUGAUGAGGAGGAGGAUGAUGCAUCAAGUAAUGAGGGUAAGAGAAGCCCCACACCCAACUCGGUUUCAUACUCGAAGCCAAAACGACCGGAUGGGUGCAAGAAAGACGCAAAAGAAAAGAAGAAGAGGAAAGGAGACGAUGAGCUCAAAAAUGCUAUGGAAGCUAUUGUGAAGGCAAGAAAAGAAGCCAACGAGGUGAGGAAAAUGGCAACGAACCAAGAUGCCGCGGCCGAGGAGAGGAGGUUGGCGGCCGAGGAGAGGAGGUUGGCGGCCGAGGAGAGGAGGGUGGCGGCCGAGGAGAGGAAGGUGGCUUUGGAGGAGAGGAAGGUGAGCAAUGAGGAGCGAACAAGAUUGUUGGAAUGGGAGAAGCACUUGUUCUUCUUGGACACAUCUAACCUCAAUGAGGCGCAAAAGGAGUUUGUCAAUCUUUCACGUGAAGAAGUCUUGAUCCAAAAAAGAGCCAUGAUUCGUGCAAUGGGUGGCUGUGGCCUUGGCGCAAUGGGUGGCGGUGGCCUCGGCGCCAUGGGUGGCGGUGGCCUCGGCGCCAUGGGUGGUAUGGGUGGCUCCGGAGGUUCCGUGGGCGGUUUAGGUGCCAUGGGAGGCAUGGGUGGCUUUGGAGCACCCCCCGACGCUAUGGCCGCCAUGGGAGGCAUGAGUUUUGCUUCUCUCAUGGAGGCAUGGGUGCACCUCCAGCCGCCAUGGGCGGAAUGUCUUUCGAUGUGCCUCCUCACACACAUUCCCAUGAAGAUGCCGUUGAAGAUCUUGCCAACACCGUCGGAGCUUCACGUGAUGCGGUGCGCGAUGAGGAUAUGGAGGAAGAAUCAUCUUCGGAGGAGGUAG